GGGGUCGCCUAUUUACAUGCUAUGAAACCAAAACCUCUUAUACAUCGUGAUUUAAAACCUCUCAAUCUACUGCUUACCAAUAAGGGACGCCAUUUGAAAAUUUGUGAUUUCGGUACAGUAGCCGAUAAAUCAACGCUCAUGACAAAUAAUAAAGGUUCAGCAGCAUGGAUGGCACCGGAAGUGUUUGAAGGUUCCAAGUAUACCGAAAAAUGUGAUAUUUUCAGUUGGGGCAUCGUAUUGUGGGAAGUGCUGUCACGACAAAAACCCUUUAAAGAUGUCGAUAAUACAUAUUCAAUUAUGUGGAAAAUACAUAAAGGCGAACGACCACCCAUUGUACCCGAAUGGCCAUUGCCCAUACAGAAUUUAAUGACUUCAUGUUGGGAAACACGACCCGACUUAAGGCCGUCAAUGCAAUUGGUUGUGGAGGUUAUGAAUGAAUUGGUGCAGGCAUUUCCUGGUGCAGAUGAGCCACUGGAAUAUGAAUUUGUAAAUCAACAGGUGGAUUUUAGUGAUUAUAGUUCAACUAGUUUUGGUACAUCGAAUACACAAGUGACAACACGCCAAACCACCGACGAUUCUGGUGGUAGUAGUAGUAGCAAUCGUUCCACAUCUAUUACACCCACUAAUCCAUUUUUACCUCCAGCUCAUAUUAAUUCUAUGCGUUGGGAUGUAAUACAAGAAGAAGAAAAUUCCGAAAGUUCAUCGAAUCAGGCCACAGGUGAUCAAUCGGAUAAACCAGUGGAAACAUUUAAUUUAACUACAUCGGAGGAAUCAAAGGCUCGUUAUGAAACCAUACGCAGUAAUAUGUUGGAUAAUGCCAAUGUAACAAUGGGCCCAUUGGGUAUUGAUGUUGAUCCGAAUGCUUGGGAACUAGAAAAUAAUGACAAUCUUGCAAGUAAUUUUGCAAAAAGUGAUGGUAAAGAACGUAUAAUGGUUACCGAAGCGAAACCGAUUAUAAAAUCUGUCGAUCAAAUCACCAAUGCCAAUAAUUUACCCAUUGAUUCGAAUGACACCGAUCUAGAUGAAGAUGAUGAAAAUGGUCAACCACUAGAGGUGCUCUUAGAUCCUGAACUACAACCGGAACAACCAAUACCAGAUAAUGCCGAAUCACAGGAAAUAUUUAAAGAACAUCGGCGACUGGCAAUGGAAUAUCUGAAAGUCAAUACGAAAUUAUACUAUGCUCAGGAUAUCAAAGAGCGGAUUCUAAUGCAAAUGGAUCCAGGCGAGAGGCAAGAGAAACAGGAACUGCUAAAGAAAAUCAAAGAGAAGCAAGAACUAUUGGAAUUGUACAACAAUCUCAAACAGCAUUGGGACACUAUGCGUUCCUCCUCCCAACCACCCGAAGAUAAUGUACCCGGUGUUUCUGAUACAAAUGCCAAUGGCGAUUUAUAUUCGGCCGUGGAGGACGAAGAGGAAAUGCAGCCGGAUGAACCACGGGAAGAUGAAUUUAUGGAAAGUAUAAUAUCGACAAAUGAUAUAUGCCGUGAUGUAUGA